AUGGAGCUCCACACGCCGAAGCGGGAGUCGCGCCCGUCAGCGGAGUCGCUCGACCGCAGCCCGUCGAUGUGCGAGGACAAGACGCUCUAUCCGUGGAACUGGGGUGAGGAGGCGCGCAACGUGCAUCUAAGCCCGGGCAGCUCGUGCUCCUCGCCGGAAUACCGGGAGCAGCAUGUCGCGGGCCUGGACGCGGGCGGCGGUAGCGCGGGCGGCAGAUCGGUCGCCGGCAACGGCAACUCCGAGAGCCACCGGCGCGGCCGGCCGCGCGCCGACGCACUCACGAAUCUCAUGAAGCAGGGCAGCACCUCGCCGAGCAGCAUCAAGUGCUCCUACUGCAACCGGGUGUUCCCGCGCGAGAAGAGCCUGCAGGCGCACCUGCGCACUCACACGGGAGAACGUCCAUAUCCUUGUGAUUAUCCUGGAUGCACGAAGGCUUUCACCCAGUCGGGACAGCUGAAGACUCAUCAACGAUUGCACACAGGAGAGAAGCCAUUUUUAUGCACCGAACCGGGUUGUGAAACGAGAUUCACUCAUGCCAAUAGACAUUGCCCCGAUCAUCCUUACGCCAAUCUUACAAGAUCAGACGACUUUGUGCUGAAGCCUGUGUCCGACAACACGGAAUUACCAUACGAUGUAACGCGAUGGUUGGAGCGCUACAAGAUGUCGAGGGAACGAGAGGAUCGCACGCCGACCGGGAAGAACGAACGGAAGAAGAAGACGUGGAAGAGCACCGCCGAGAAUCACAAGAGGAUAAAGUCCAGAAAAGGCCUCAUGAUGGACAUGGCGGGGGAGCAGGAAAAUCUCGACCGCAACCAAUCGAAUCAGCGGCUUCACUGCGGGGAGAAUAGUCAGGACAGUCAGGAGGAGAGCCAGGACGAGGAUCCGGCUGAGACGUGCUGCGCGAUACUGCAAACAUCCGAGGACGAGGAGGCGUCGAGCGCCAAGCUGGCGAUCACCUCGCUGAGACGACCCUUGGACCGACUGCAACCAAAGAAACGAUGGCUACGAUACGCCUGCUUGGAUCAACAGCUAGACCUGAACGAGGACGUUAGAACGAACAAUGUAACGGCCGUAUGCAAGAUGGACGAGAAACAAAUUCUGAGCGGAUCCACAGAACCGUCGCAGCUUCACUGGUCCUACGCGACGUACAACUUGGAUAAUUCUGUCGCCGUAAAUAAUGCGUCCGUGCCGAUUCUGGAUAGCAAGCUCGAAACUCCGAAUGCGCAACUGCAGCCUUCGUAUGCCGCCCCUCAAAUGUGUUGCAUUAUGAAUCACAACGAAUCUCCAAAAGAAAUGGCGAAAGAAAAUGUGUACGAGAUUGUGCAUCCUCUGAAUCACCCGCAGUGGGAUCCGCUGUACAGUUUGUCGAGUAAUCAGGGUAUUUUUGAAACGAGUAUUAACGAGUCUGCUUUGAAAAUUCCAAGUUCCGAAUCGGUAUGCUCGCAUUUCGAUUAUGCAGAGCAGAUUGUUCAUACGGAGACAACGACGAAUCAGGACACGCUGGCGAGUUCUCGUAUCAGCGAAAACGAGACUAGACCGACGGUUCUGAUAUUGGCCGGUAGUUCCAGUAGCAGCAAAGAAAUCGUCUCGAGACCGCCCCUCGCCCCGAUCGAUCCUGCGACCACGGAAAUAAUUGGUGUUCAGCGGGAGGACAAUCUAAACGUAGCCAAGUUACCGGUACAGGAAGACAAUAAAAAAUGGCAGGGGGCUUUGGCACUGAUGGAACUGGCUACGACGCAAGAAGAGGCGAGGAUUUUAGCGAGUCUUAAGCAUGUUAGGGACGAAUGUAAUUCCGCGUCUUCAGAAUUAUUAUAGCCAUUUACAGACUGUGAUUACAGGUUAUUGUAACUUUGUUAUUUUUAUAUGCAAGAAGAAAAGCGAAUAAAAGCUGUCCACUCGUGUGUAACACAGUCCAUUUAUCGGCAUAAAAAAAACUGUAAAAGCGGUCUCCUGCUGUGAAACACAUCUGUUUUCUUCCUUCGAUUAUUAUUACUCCAACUUUUUACCACUAUUGUUCUCACGUGAUGAAUUGUGUUUGAUUUUAAUUGACGAUUUUCUGAAUUUUUUUAACUUCAUGUGUUAAUUAUAUUAUGUAUACCUACAAAACAGAGAUAAUAACUGUUUUGCUGUUAUAAUCACUUUUCUUCCGCACACUGCUCAGAAAAAAGCAAAUGUGUCUCAUAAAGUUAAAGCGAGUCUUAUUAUCUAUUUUUAUUGCAUAAUAAUCGUUUUUCACACAUUAAAUCGAUUUAAGAGAGUAUUGUAAUUAAGUUUGUUUUGUUUUGUUAGCGCAAAACCGUGGAAUUGUAUAACGUGUGCAUGUAAAUACAUUUACAUGUUUUAUUUUUUUGCUCCACAGUUUAUUGUUAUUAUACUGUAGUAGAGACUUGUGUGAUACUUGUCGUAAGAAUAAAUACGAGAAUGGAAACA